AGAGGCUGAACUGUGUGUGUGUAUGGGAGGGAUCCUCAGAUUCCAGACUGCGAUCCUUCUACAUUGCCUUGCAGUAGCAUUACAUGAUCGGAGUGCGAUCUACAUGAGAUAGGAGAGCCGGCUCUGAGAGGGGGGAUCGAUCACUACUAGAUCUUCUAUUGUCAGGACUGACUGAAUUCUCUUAAGGGAAGAUGAAGUACCUUGGCAUCUGUCUGCUGCUUGCUGAUCUCGUCUGCCAAUGGCUUGUCCGAGCAGAAUUUUUCACAUCUAUAGGUCAAAUGACAGACUUGAUAUACAAAGAGAGAGAUCUUGUACAGUCUCUGAAAGAGUACAUUAGAGAAGAAGAAGAACGGCUGGAAAAAAUCAAAAGCUGGGCUUCUCGAAUCGAAGACUUGACGAGUAAAUCUUCUCUUGAUCCAGAGGGAUUUCUUUCUCAUCCUGUGAAUGCCUACAAGCUGGUUAAGAGGCUCAAUUCAGAUUGGCUUUCUCUGGAGAACUUGGUGCUUCAAGAUUCGACUAAAGGCUUUAUUGCAAACCUCACUUUUCAAAGGGAAUUCUUUCCAAGUGAAGAAGAUGAAACUGGAGCAGCUAAAGCACUAAUGCGCCUCCAAGACACUUACAAACUGGAUCCUGAUGUUAUAGCAAAAGGAAUAUUGCCAGGAACAAAAUAUGUUUCAUCUUUAUCUGUGGAUGAUUGCUUUGGUAUGGGAAAAAUAGCUUACCACGAGAGUGACUAUUAUCAUACUGUACUAUGGAUGCAAGAAGCUCUUAAACUGUUGGAUGAAGGGGAAGAAUCGGUCACCAUUUCUAUAGCGGGUGUUCUAGACUACCUCAGUUACACAGUCUUUCAGCUCGGCGAUAUCCACAGAGCAGUGGAGCUUACCAGAAGACUGCUAGCGCUGGAUCCAAACCAUGACCGAGCUGGCACUAACCUCAGAUAUUUUGAAAAGAUGCUAGAAAAAGAGAAGAGUGAGGAGAAAGUAAACGAGACAUUAGACACCGAGCCACAAAACUCACGCCCUGAUGUCUACACCAGACCUCAAGAUUAUUUGCCCGAGCGCGAUACCUAUGAAGCCCUGUGCCGCGGAGAGGGAGUGAGAAUGACACCGAAAAGGCAGAAGAGGCUUUUCUGUCGGUAUCAUGAUGGAAACCGAAACCCAGUAUUGCUCUUGAGUCCUAUUAAGGAGGAAGAUGAGUGGGAUAGUCCUCGCAUUGUCCGAUAUCUUGAUGUUUUAACCAGUGAAGAGAUUAAUCGAAUUAAGGAGCUGGCAAAGCCCAAAUUAGCAAGAGCAACUGUGCGGGACCCGAAAACUGGAGUUCUCACCACAGCCAGUUACAGAGUUUCAAAAAGUGCUUGGUUGGAAGAAUAUGAAGACCCAAUUAUUGGUCGUGUGAACAAACGCAUGCAGGCCAUUACAGGGCUAACUGCUGACACUGCUGAACUGUUACAGGUUGCAAACUAUGGUAUGGGAGGUCAAUAUGAGCCACAUUUUGAUUUUUCAAGGCGUCCCUUUGACCCCAAUCUCAAAUCGGAAGGAAAUAGGCUUGCAACAUAUCUUAAUUAUAAAGAGGAACCUGAUGUAUUCAAGCGUUUAGGGACUGGCAAUCGUGUGGCAACCUUUUUAAACUAUAUGAGUGAUGUGGAAGCUGGAGGAGCCACAGUGUUUCCAGACUUUGGAGCAGCAGUCUGGCCUAGGAAGGGAACUGCUGUGUUUUGGUACAAUCUAUUCAGAAGUGGAGAAGGGGAUUACAGAACACGACAUGCAGCUUGUCCGGUAUUAGUAGGAAGUAAAUGGGUUUCAAAUAAAUGGUUCCAUGAAAGAGGACAAGAGUUUCUAAGGCCUUGCGGAUUAACAGAAGUUGACUGACAUGCAGUCAUUGCGCUGUUGCAAAUGAUUUUUUAAUGUGCUUUUUUUUUAUGUUUAACUAUUGGCUUUAAUUCACUCCUGGUAUCCAGUGUGGUGAAACUUAGAACAUUUUUUAAAUCAAAAUUCUUGGGGAAAUUACAUCUGUGAACAUUAGCCAAAGACAAUAUGUAAAGUAAUAAAACAGAACAGUAGAUUAAGUAAAAUUAAAUAAAAUGAUGUGUGCAAUACACCCUAAUCUCUA